UAAAUUCAAACGCUGCUUCAGUUGCAUAUUUGCGCUGAGAGACAGACAUUAGUCUAAAGAGCACCACUAAAUAUAUUGAUUGCUACCCCAGAUAGUCCAUUUAUAGUCUAAACCACCCAAGCCCAGCCCAGUUUUAGCUGUCACUUAUUUUCCAUUGGUGAAUAAAGCGCGAAAGGUUAGACAUGACAACCACGUCGACCUAUCAGGGGAUGAAUCUUGAAAAGCCAACUUCGAGAGUAAUAAAUCCACCCGGUGGCAGAUCUAACAUUGCAUUUGGAUGGGACGAUUCAUCUGAAAACCAACAACCAAGCAAUAACAAACCAACCGCUAACAUGGAACAACCAGAAGUGGCCCCAGUCCAGUCAGAAGGGAGUGCUGUUCAGGAGAAAAAUCCUGAUUCCAGUGAUUUGGCAGAUGAAAGUGCAGCCUCUGGUGAUGUAGAACCUGUUAACUCAGUUUCACAAGAGCCUGAGCCUACUAAACAAGUUUCUGAAAUUCCUGAACAAAUAAAACAAGUUUUGGAAAAUGGGCAACCUGACAAUCAUGUUUCGGAAUUCCAAGAGCCUGCCUCAGAGGUUCAAGAGCCUGCCUCCGAGGUUCAAGAGCCUGCCUCCGAGGUUCAAGAGCCUGCCUCCGAGGUUCAAGAGCCUGCCUCCGAGGUUCAAGAGCCUGCCUCAGAGGUUCAAGAGCCUGCCUCAGAGGUUCAAGAGCCUGUUUCUGAAAAUGUUGACCAAUGUGAAAGUCCAAAAGAGAAUGUAAAUGAAGCACCUGCUUCUUCUGUAAAAGAGGUUUCUAAUAAACCAAUUAAAAAAGACCCUAAAUCUCCCACUUUGAAAAGUCCAAAGUCGCCAACACAGAAAAACCAGCCCCCCAAAAGUCCACGAGCAAAAACACCAACUUCAAAGAGUCCUCAAACGUUAUCUGCUAAAAGUCCACGGGAAAGAGUGACAACCCCUAAAACUCCACGGGAAAAGAUUUCAACUCCCAGGUCACCAAGGGAAAAAAAGCCUUCGACGCCCAGAAGUACAUCAGCCUCAUCUCAGACUCCUAGAAGCCCAAGAAAAGAUGAUUCAUCCAAUAAGAAGACAGGUAACCAGGAGCUGUUUGUACCUUAUGUUGAGAUGUUGGCACCUGGCAGUGGCAAGAAACGUUUCCCAAAGAGGAAUCCAAAUAGCCACGACAAUCUUUUUGGUGAGGAACACAAGUGUCAAGAGAAGAUACCAAUAAUACAAAAGGGUAAAGCAAGUGGAAAUCGCCGAAAUGUCUCUGGUCUGUUUGUGGAUGGAGAGAGCGUCAACGAUGACAGUACAGCAGUGAGGCGUACCCACCAAACUAAUGGUGGUGCUGAUGCCGGCACAUUUGCUAAUGUCUUUGGUCGUGAAGAUGGCCCAAGUGAAGGUGUUCCCAGAGUGGCUCAUGGUUCAAGAAAAGGUUGUGGCGUUCUGCCAACAUCAGACAGUGCUGGUAUCAAUCCCAUUACUGGUCUUCCUUAUGGUCAGUCACAAGCAGACUCUGUUCAAAAUGAUACCCCUCAAAGACGCCGUGCUCAAAAGCAAAAUCCUGAGAACCUCCCCCCUGCUGGUGGUGCACGCAUCACUCAGCCUCCCGGUGGAAAAUCUAAUGUUUUAUUCUAAAUGUGAAUUGGAGUAACUAUAUAAACUUGUAUGGAAUUCAAACUUUCAUAAACAAGCCUUUGCACAAUGCAAUUAUUGUAAAUUAUCUAUGGUGGCUCCAUGUAAAUGCACAAUUUGUAAUUAAUUGGCAGUCUUUCGUAAAUGAAUCUAUAUGUACAUGUUGAAGUUUAUCUUUUCACCUUGCUUUUAUGGGUAACUGCCGGACUAAUUUAUCUACUGUACUAGCAACAAUAAUUUACAAUUUGAGCAACCACCAUUCUCGCAUUUGCUUGCAGUAGUCUCAAAAUCUCAAACUAAUAUUACAGUGAAAGCCACCAAGAUUUGGUCUUCAGAUUGCUCAGAAACUGAACUGAUUACCUACUUUUGAAUUUUGUCAAUUAUCUAUAGUCGAGACAUAGGUAGACAAAGUCUGUUGGUUAUCAAUAUUUCGAAACAACGUUUGCAAUCAGUUAUUCUGACCUUGCAACAUCUGCAGCAAUCUGAAUGACAAAAUCUUGGUGGUUUUCACUGUAAUAUUCUAUCUAUAAACUGGAACUUCAGAUCAGCAAAUUCUGUCUGAAGUCAACAUUUUGUAUAAACUGUGCUGUUUACUUUUUGCUCUAUCCUGCACUAGUGUGAUAUUAAGGUUUUGAAAGCAUUGUUUAUAUAUAACAUGGGGGCCUGUAGUACUGAAUUCCAAACAAAUGUAUACGUGAAAUAGCAAAUUUAGAAUAUGACAUCGUUUUUGGCACAGCUGCUUGUGGUAUUGCCAUUUUUUGAUGGCGAUAGGAAUAGCUUCUGUAAAGUGGUGGUCUGGAUUCACUAGUGUUAUACAGUUAUGUAAAACAUUAAUGGUCCCGAGGUGUACAAUUGGCAAUUCCAUCCAUUGGAAGACACUGAAGACCUUGUCUAUGUGUUACUCCUACUGUAGUCUCUCAAUUUACUUGUUAUUCCUAACGUCAUCAGUACCCAGUUAUAUUUACUCAUUUGUAAUUUUCAAAUUAUUGAAUUUUUCUGUUGAUCAGAAUGUUAGAAUUUUAUGCAAAAUGUAAAAAAAAAAUGCACACCACCAAAUUUCUCUUAAAUUUUAGCCAUUAAUCUGCAUAUUUACACAAAUGAGAGGAAAAGAAUUUGGUGUAAUCUAGAUCAAUGCUUAGUGUAUGAGCUGAAGUACUGGUAGAAUAUUUUGGGCAUAGUAGAAUAGACUUGCUUUUACACUGAAAUCAUGGCCCAGGAGAUUAAAGUUUACAAUUGUUUAUACCUUUCAAUUAAUCAGUUUUACGGAAAUGGUAUAAAACUUGUCAGUUUUGAUGUGUUUCUUCCUUGUGAAUAAAACUUAGCCCAUGAUAUUCUAAAUGUUGGGUAAAUCCAUCCACUAUCAUCCUCAUAGAUAAACCUUUAUGUAGUGACCAUUUUUUUUGACAGUUCUGCUGUAAUUAAGAUGGUUUCCAUACAUAUGUUAUCCUGCAAUUAGAUAAUGAUUCAUAAUUUUGCUGUUCAUAUUGAAUAAUGUCAAAGUUUUACCCAUGUCGUGGUCAUUUGAAAGUUUACUCUCGGUGAUCAAAUUUGCAGUGCAUCAGUACUGCCCUGAGUUUGUUGAUGCGUCUAAUUUUUAGUUAACAGUUUCUUCCAUAAAAUGCUUGAUUUAGAGUUUCUGCUUGCACAACCCCUUUAUUGCAUGUAUAAUACAAUUUAAGGACAGCUCUGUCAAAUAGACCACACUUUAGAUAAUCAUGGACGGGUUUAAAGCAUAUUAAUAUUUUGUAAGUUUUGAUUUAAUAUUAGCAGUUAUAUAGCGAAGUGCACCAGAUUUAUUGAACGGUUGUGAUUGUGUAUUUCGUUAACUUUCAUUGCAAGUCUAAUCAAACUCAAUAUUUUGUUGUGAAAUACAAAAUUUUGUAAGCAGAGAUCUUUAAAUAAAGUUGUUUGCACUUCA